AGAAGAGCUCUACAACUCUUAAUUCCAAGAAAAAGAGAGAAAACAGUUAUUCAAAUUCAUUGUUUCUUAUCUCGUAGAUUAGUAUAAUCUAAAAGUUUCUUUGUUUCUUACUUCUUCUCUAAUUGUAACAAUGGGUUUUGGCGAGCAAACAAGUGAAACAGAUGGCAUCAAUUACGGCGAGAGUUUCAUAAAGAACACUCGAGGAUUUAAGCUGUUCACGUGCAAAUGGCUACCAACAAACCAAGAGCCAAGGGCAUUAGUUUUCCUUUGCCAUGGAUACGGCAUGGAAUGCAGCAUCACGAUGAACAGGUACAGCGAGGAGGCUUGUGAAGGCAGGAUUUGGUGUAUAUGGAAUGGAUUAUGAAGGACAUGGCAAAUCUGAUGGGCUUAGCGCUUAUAUCCCAAACUUUGACCACCUCGUUGAUGAUGUCUCAACACACUAUACAACUAUUUGCGAGAAGGAAGAGAACAAAAGGAAGAUGAGGUUUAUGUUAGGAGAGUCAAUGGGAGGAGCAGUGGUUUUGUUGCUAAGGAGGAAGAAACCUGAGUUUUGGGAUGGAGCUCUCUUGGUCGCUCCAAUGUGUAAGAUCGCAGAAGAAAUGAAGCCAAGUCCUUUUGUUAUUUCGAUAUUAACGAAGCUUAUCUCGGUUAUACCCAAAUGGAAAAUCAUUCCUAGUCAAGAUAUCAUCGAGAUUUCGUAUAAAGAGCCACGGAUAAGAAAACAGGUUAGAGAAAAUCCUUUAUGUUACAAAGGACGACCACGCUUGAAAACUGCGUAUGAGCUCUUAAGGAUCAGCAACGACUUGGAGAAGAGUCUUCAAGAGGUUUCAUUGCCGUUUAUGGUAUUACACGGAGAUGAUGAUAAAGUAACAGAUAAAACAGUGAGCCAAGAACUAUACAAGGUUGCGUUGAGCGCUGACAAGACCUUAAAGUUAUACUCUGGGAUGUGGCACGGUUUGCUCAAUGGCGAGACACAAGAGAACGUCGAAAUUGUCUUUGCUGACGUCAUCGAAUGGUUGGAAACAAGAACUGAUUAUGGAAAUGAUAGGUUUGAGUCGGAGCUUAAACAUAGUAAUGAUGGUUUUAACUUCAAGGGAUAGUUUUUUAAUAAUGAUGGUUUCUUUCAUAAAUGAAUAUCGGUUUGAUCGAAAAAAAAAAAGUGGUGUACUAAAAUUCUGGUGUUUGUUUAAAAUUUUAAUGCUACUAUUGUGAAUUUAUAUAUUAUUUUAUAGAAAACGAUUUCUCAAAA